AAACCAAAUUUCAUUUCCUGUUGACAAUUUUCACGUGGUGUAACAUAUAACACGUUUAGUUGUACAUAGGGGCUGUAAAAAUGCAACAUGAUGAUGUUAUUUGGAGUAUUAUAAAUGGAUCCUUUUGUUCAUUUAAAGUAAAGGCAAAGACACAAAAAUUUUGUAGGAAUGAAUACAGCUUAACAGGGUUAUGUAACAGAUCUUCUUGUCCUCUUGCCAACAGUCAAUAUGCUACAGUCCGAGAGGAGAAAGGUAUCUGUUAUCUAUACAUGAAGACGGUAGAAAGAGCAGCUUUUCCUGGAAGAUUGUGGGAGAAAGUCAAGUUGUCCAGAAGUUAUGAGAAAGCAUUAGAACAGAUUAACCAUCAUUUGAUAUACUGGCCAAAAUUUCUUAAACAUAAAUGUAAACAGAGAUUUACAAAGAUUACACAGUAUUUAAUAAAGAUAAGAAAACUCACAUUAAAAAGACAAAAGAAGUUAGUUCCAUUAAGUAGGAAGGUAGAAAGACGAGAAAAAAGGAGAGAGGAAAAAGCAUUGGUAGCAGCACAAGUAGACACAGCCAUUGAAAAAGAAUUACUAGAAAGAUUAAAACAGGGAACAUAUGGUGAUAUUUACAAUUUCCCAACACAUGCGUUUGACAAAGUGAUUGAUGAAGAAGAAGUAGAGAGUGAAUCUGAGUCAGAAACAGAGAAAGACAAAGAGGAUGAAGAGGAGAUGGAGGAAGAAGAUGAGACUGACGAUGAAAUUGAGUAUGUGGCAGAAGAUGAAAUAGAAGAAAGUGAUCUGUCUGAUAUGGAGGAUCGGGAAGCUAUGUUUGCAUCUGACAGUGAGGAAAGUAGUUCAGAAGAGGAGACCAGUAAAGCUAAAGGGAAACGUCCUAGAAAACGACCUAAAGUGGAAAUAGAAUAUGAACAUGAACUUGAUCAACCCUCUACAUCAAAAAUGAAAGUGAAAUCAUGAUUUCUAUAAUGUGUUUUUGUUCUGUAAAUAAAUAUUUGUAGAAAUUG